ACAUCUAGCGCUAUUUAGCUCCAAAAACUUAAAAGUUUCCUAUCAAAAUUUCCCAGAGCUUGUGAAAUCUCUAGAAACGUUAUCCGUAGUGAGAAAUUAUGCCACCAGAAAAUCUGCAUAUCAGCUGCAUUCAGCCGUUACAAAACUAGUGUUUAUUGUUGCUCUACAAACUAAAGCCAAAAUAUUCAGCAGUUUUAGAAGCUAAAUCGAUCGAUAUGAUCUCGGUGGGGGAACACAUCAAAAAUAUCAAAGACAUUCUCAUUAAUUACCGCGUGUUUUCUGAUAGAAUAAGUAAAGCAAUGCUUCAAAAAGCGCGAGCUGUUGCAAUGGAUUUGAACAUAGUGGCUUAGCAGCACUGUGGCAGUGUUAUGUCUAAAGAGCGUACAUCGCAAUUAUUUAAAAGAAAAGAGUGAGUUUAUUGAAAAGACUGUCAUAGACAAAUUUUCGGCAAAUCCGAGAAGGUUACUGUUAAAUUAUUUUUUUAUAUAAUAAUCAUCGUGCAUUACCAACUCUAAACAUUGAGAAAUGUUACCCACUGCUUCGCAUAUUUACUUGCUACAUCACUGUAAACAAAUAAUAAUUACCUGUUGUUUGUUUACCGAGUCAGAAAUGAAAAAUGUAAACAAGUUGAUGAGAAAGCGCACUCGCGGAAAUGAGACAGUCUUUAAGUGUUUUACCUUCAACGCGCACGAUGUGGAAACUGGUCGUCAUAGUGCUACCUUUUCUCUUAUCUGACGUCUGUACGGCAAAGAAACCGGCGCUUCGGGAGAGACACCGCGAGAAGCCCAAACCAACGAUAAGUCCCAUAAACGUCAGUAACAGCUUGUGGAAGAAUGAGCACGAAAAUGAGCUGACGGAGGCGAUGAUGACGCUGAAGAGAGGAAACCUCACCAGGGUGAGGUCACACACGGAGCCGCUGGCAGAAACCGAGGCGGUCAUAGACAAACUCCUCGAGAGUAUCACCGCCAGUGAAAAAUACAUGAAGAAGGUCGACAGCAUAGAAUUCCGACUAAACCGACUUGACAUAGAAAUACACGAGAAGACCAACAAUAUCCUCAAGUACUUAUCAGAAAUGAUGAAGGUGAUACGGUCGCAGGGCUUCUCCGAAAAGGUCGACAUGGCAGUCGAUGUGUUGAAAUCUGAAAUGGAAAGUAUCAGAUUGCUUAUGGAGAAGAACAGACGAAGUUAUAAAUCUAAAGAUGAUGGAAGAUUAUUGUCUUCAGACAACAAGAUCGAAGGACGCUUGGUGGUGCUGGACAACAGUAUGAAGAACCUAAUGGUGGGCGUAGAGAACAUACUAGGUGUCAUCGGUCAGAACAUGGGGAAAAACAACCAAGAUGGAUCACAACGUUUGAGUACAGACAAUUCCGGAGCCAUCAAGAGCAAUGGUGCAGUUUUGGGUUCCGAAUCGUUUGCUGUUGUUGCCGAAGUCAAGAGAGCUUUGAUGGAGCACAGGAAUAAUAAACGCUGUGACUGCACAGGUAGUACCAGGAGGUCAGAACGCAUGGAGCGGUACCCUAGUGACUGCUAUGAGAUCCAGCUGCAAGGGUUCAACGUCUCCGGCAUCUACAAGAUCAAGCCUGAUGACAUGGACGCCUUCUACGUGCUAUGCGACUUGUCUACCGUCGGCGGUGGGUGGACGGUCCUGCAGAAUCGGUUCGAUGGAUCCCAGGACUUCUACAAAACUUGGUGGGACUACAAACACGGCUUCGGGAACUUAGCCGGGGAAUUCUGGCUUGGCCUAGAUAAGAUGUACCAUUUGACCAAUCAGAAGUUGUAUGAGCUCAGGAUUGAAGUGGAGACGCAAAGAGGUCAAGAUGCCUUCGCGGGCUACUCGGUCUUCACGGUUGGGCCAGAGCAUGAGGGCUAUAGGAUUAGUACUCUCGGGAUGUAUUAUGGAAAUGCUGGUGAUUCGCUGACCUAUCACGCUGGACAGAAGUUCUCGACUCCGGACGUGGACAAUGACGAGUGGAAGGACGGCGCGUGCGCCAUUGAACAUGGAGGCGCCUGGUGGUAUAAGGAAUGUGACAAAAGUAAUUUAAACGGCAAGUACAGUAUGGCCGCUGAUGACAUCGUGCGGACGCAAGCGGUCUACUGGAUCUCGUUCAAGGGUCCCAACUACCCCCUGACCAAGACCAAGAUCAUGAUCAGGCCCCUCCCGGCAAGCAGACCGAUAGACCACGGCGAACGGAGGGAAAUGAAACCACGGCUCCCGAGUGCAGAACCGUCAAAGGCACUGGUCGAAAAACGACCAGCACGACCGAAGGAGACGGCAGACGUCCGCACGUACAAAUACAAAACCAACCCCAUGGGACCCCAGGAUGCUUACUACACCUAUCAAUGAACACUAUGGACCAAAGAACUUUAACGAGAGCGAGAGCGAGUAUGAUGUACACCUACGCCUAGUACUCGUACAGAAGGGUUAGCACAGGGCGCUUUUAUAAAGUGACAAAAGUUUUGCAUCGCGCUCACUCACAUCGCGCAGCCUCAAGAGCAAGGGCGACGGAGAACUUUUGUCUCGUCUUAGGCCGUGUCCGCACCGCGAAUAUUUUUCCGCGUGGAAUUAUUUUGCUCGAAUUAUAUUCCGCGAUCAAAGUUCGCCUGUAGAUUUUUUUUGGGAUUUUUUUACCGCAAUUGCGGAUACUCCUAUAGUAUUCGAUGUGUUACAGAGUUUCGAAUUAAUUCCGCGCGGAAAAAUAUUCGCGGUGCAGACACGGCCUUAAAUAUGCCCUGUGCUAGUCUUUCGAAAACUAUAAAAGUGGACGAGUUCUCGCAAACAAAGUGGCGGUACUAGCGAAAAGUAUCAUUAAACUUUUGACAGUGAAGGUAUAAAUAUGACAGAAGAAACCAAAUACUUAUAUGGGAUAUGUACCUAUGUAAGUACUUACAACAAAUGUUAUAGACAGGGGUGUAAUCGAAAGGCUCAGAGGGUAUUUAACUUUGUAUUAGAAAAUUUAGAAAGUAAUAAAUAAAAUAUAAAACAACAUUAUUAUUAUACCUACCUAGUUACCUACCUUUUGUAAAUAUUAUAAUAGUUAAUAAGUUAGAAAUAAGUUACCUACAUAACUAAUU